AUUUAGUGAACAGGUGUUCAUGUGAGAUGCUUUAAACCCUCUCUCGGAAAUGUACCGUCUGGGAAGAGAUGAAAGUUUCUGCAUUUGCUCCAAAGUAAGCGAAAAAAAUUAAAUAAGAAGACCGAUUCUUCCCGAGAAGUGGAAGAAGGAGCGAAGAGAAAGUUUCAUGUGACCCUGUUUCUUUCUUUGGGCUUUUUUGGUUUUCUGUAUCUUCUUCUGCGUCGUUUUCGGACAACCUUUGAUCGUUUUCGGCUGUUUCUUAUCUGGGUUUUCAUCAAAGUUUAUAGCUUCCACAGAACCUGGAUCUGGGUAUCGUUGAUUUUGCCUAAAAGAUGAAUCUUUACGAGAAAGGUAGCGUUCUUGCCCAGAUUCUGAGAAGAGGAACUCUCCCUGUGCUCUUCGUCUUGUUGUUUCCAGUUCUAUUCCCUGAUUUGUUCAAUCCACUGAGCCAAGCUGCUUCUUCGACUUCAUCUGAAUGGAACACUGUGAAACCUAGGCAUUUGUCCUUGCUCAAGAGUUCAUUACAACGUCCGAGCGGAGAACAGUCUGAUCUGUGGAGGCCAUUGACCGAUCAAGGAUGGAGACCGUGCAUUGAUUCAGGAAAUGGCCCUUCAUUACCAGAGAAAUCAGAGGGAUACAUCCAGGUCUUUCUCGAUGGAGGGCUGAACCAGCAGCGAAUGGGUAUAUGCGAUGCGGUUGCUGUUGCCAAGAUACUAAACGCCACCCUCGUCAUCCCGUAUCUUGAAGUGAAUCCUGUUUGGCAAGAUUCCAGUUCGUUUGUGGAAAUCUUUGAUGUGGAUCACUUUAUCGAAGUAUUGAAAAAUGAUGUAAGGAUAGUUAAAGAGCUACCCGAAAAUUUUUCAUGGAGCACAAGAGAGUACUAUGCCGCAACAAUCCGUGAAACCCGAGUGAAAACCGCACCUGUUCAUGCUUCUUCCAAUUGGUAUCUCGAGAAUGUCUUGCCUCUUCUCCAAAGUUUCGGGAUCGCUGCAAUUGCUCCGUUCUCACACCGUCUAUCUUUCGACAACUUACCUGCGGAAAUCCAACGGCUGAGAUGCAAAGUAAACUUCCAAGCACUGAGCUUUGUGCCCCACAUUAGAGAACUCGGUGAUUCUCUUGUGAGCCGCCUUAGAAACCCUUUAUGGAGAAACAAAGAGGAAGAAGAAGAUGUGGAUCACUUGAGGGACAUGAGGAAUUCCCACAGCAGACAAGAACCGGGGAAGUUUGUUGUUCUUCACCUCCGGUUCGAUAAGGACAUGGCAGCUCACUCUGCCUGUGACUUUGGCGGGGGAAAGGCCGAGAAAUUGGCGUUGGCCAAAUACCGACAAAUGAUAUGGCAAGGGAGAGUCCUCAACUCUCAGUUCACCGACGAAGAGCUGAGGAGCCAAGGCCGUUGUCCAUUGACACCAGAAGAGAUCGGCCUUGUCCUUGCUGCUCUUGGCUUCGACAACAGCACCCGUCUCUAUCUGGCUUCCCACAAGGUAUAUGGAGGGGAAGCUAGGGUUUCGACACUGAGACAAGUGUUUCCAAGAAUGGAAGACAAGAGAAGUCUUGCUUCUUCUUCAGAUCGUGCUCGUAUCAAAGGAAAAGCUUCUCUGUUAGCUGCGGUCGAUUACUAUGUCAGCAUGCACAGUGACAUCUUCAUCUCUGCUUCUCCAGGAAACAUGCACAACGCUCUUGUGGGUCAUAGGACAUUCGAGAAUCGGAAGACCAUAAGGCCGAACAUGGCGCUAAUAGGACAGCUGUUCCUCAACAAAAACAUAACAUGGACUGAGUUUCAGCAGGCGGUGGGUGAAGGGCACGUGAACAGACAUGGACAGAUCCGUUUAAGGAAGACGAAACAGUCCUUAUACACUUACCCUGCUCCUGACUGCAUGUGUCAUGUCUGAUCCUAACAGUUCCAUCUCUUCCGAGGUUUUUUGGUCGGGCGAGCAUCCGUGGAAGCCACACAAUGAUGGGUUCAGCUGAAUAGUUUUAUGUUGCCCCCCCCCUGAUAUGUACUGUAGUACUUUACAAUGAGACGAUAAAAUAUAUUCAUUUCUGCAUUCAUUGGUCAAUCAUGUGUAAAAAAAUACACUCUGAUUAUGAUGUCUGAGGGGCAAGAAUCAGAUCCACGAACUGAAACAUUAUAUACAUUUCAUUUCUCAGUGGAUGCACCAGGAUCUGCUUGGCAUUGCC